ACGAUUUGUACGAAACAACGACGUCCGCUAAACUUGCCACAGGAGAAAAUAAAAUAAGUGAAACAAUUCUCAAGGCCCUCGAUCAUUUCAAACAGCCCAACCCAGAAGGGUUCCCUGGAUUGGAAAUGCCUGAUCCAUAUUUAUUGCCCGAUACGACACAAUCGAUUGGGUUUGGAGCUACUCUGACGUUUACAGAAACUACUCUUUAUGGUGUAAGCAAAUUUCGCGUAGUGUAUAUAAAAGCUGAAAUCGAAGAUAUGGAGUGCCGCGCAGCUCUCGUUAUGGAUAAACUACAAAUUCGUGGCAAGUACAUACAUAAGACUUGGUUUACAUCUACAAAAGGAGAUAUAACAUCAAAUGUCACUGACAUUAAAGCCACAGCAAUCGCCACUUUAGGAGUAGAACGAGAUGGGAAAUUAAGAGCACAAAAUAUAUCAAUGGAUAUCUCAUUUCAAAAUAUUGCUGUCAGUAUUGAAAAUGCGGGUGUAUUAGCCACUUUAGUAUCGGGAUUCGUUAACUCUAUGGGAUCCUUUCUUUUUGAAGCUAUCAAACCUGUCUUGCUCCGGGACGCACAUACUAAUAUGAGACAAGAAAUAAACAAAAAACUGGACGAAGUGAUCGGAGAUAUAGAGUUCCCUAAUACAAUAUCACCGAUUGACAUGAUUAUAAUAGAUGCUAGAAAAAAAAUUAUAGAAAUGAAAGCAGAUCCGAUGAAAAUUGUGGACUACAAUAUUACAACUAACUUAUUUGAUAUAAGACUCUAUAACACCUGGCUAACUGGUCUGUCCUCCGUGUAUAGGAUUGGAGAUAUUAGCCUUUAUUUGGAAAAUAAUACUGUAGUUGCAGACUUUUGUAUUAGAACACAAGAAAUAAAGGGAAGUACAUUUUGGGAGGCAAAAAGUAUUGGUAGUUUAAUAAAUCUAGCAGGCACUACUUCUUUUGCCGUAAAAUAUAUACAAGGGCGAUUUGUACUUGCCCAGCCAUUGGACACCACAAAAAAAAUGGAAUUUAGAGAUUUGGAAAUGGAACUUGGGAACAUACAAAUUAGUUUUGAUGGUGCCGGCACUUUGGACUACAUUAUUGAAUUCUCAGCAAAUAUAUUACCUACCCUUCUAAGGUAUCAAUUAAUAGAGGUUUUUAUAAAUCCUAUAAAAUGGAAAGUUCAACAGGAAUUAGAUGGAAUUGACACAGAAGAGUUAAUAAGAAACGAGUUACCUAAAAUAGAUAAAAUACAAGCAGAUGGUUUCCAGCUUGCUGAACUAAGAAUGAUUAAUAUUACUGAGGAAAUAUAUAGUGGAGAUGAAUUCUUUAACUUCUAAAAGUAUUUUUGCAAAUAUUAUUGAUAUAUUGAAUGAAACAAAACUUAUUUUGUAAAGUGUAAUCAUAGCUAUUAUAAUCAAAUAACAUUUUACUAUCAUAAUUACAAUUACAUAUAAUAUAAUAAUUCUAUAUUUAGUGUAAUUAGUGUACGUACUCGUAUGUAAAUCUAUAACUAUAACAAUUGGUAAAUUCAACAAGAAUGUAUAUUAUAGUAUUAAUGUAGAUUUGUAGGUGGAUACACAUGACAGAGGUCCUGGGUUCGAUUCCCGGCUGGGCCGAUUGAGGUUUUCUUAAUUGGCUCACAGGUCUGGCUAGUGGGAGGCUUCGGCCGUGGUUACCACCCUACCGACAAAGACGUACCGCCAAGCGUUUAGCGUUCCGGUACGAUGUCGUGUAAAACCGAAUGGGGUGUGGAUUUUCAUCCUCCUCCUAACAAGUUAGCCCGCUUCCAUCUUAGAUGGCAUCAACACUUACCAUCAGGUGAGAUUGUAGUCAAGGGUUAUCUUGUAAAGAAAUAAUUUUAAAAUACUGUAAUGAUGUAACAAACAAAAUUGUAGUUAUGUGCAAUGUCCCUUCAAUUAUAAUUAGAUGACAAACAACAUAUGCGAUCCCUGACUAGUGCAAAAUUAUUGUUGAAAUAACAUUAAUUUUGUUU